AUGACAUUCAAGAAAGAAGAUAGAGAAGUUAAAAGGAAUGAAAACAUGUCGGUAUGUGUUGAGAAAAUUAUUGAAGAGACUUUGAAGAUUAGAUAUGAAAUUGAAACCUAUGAAUCUAUUGAAAAAG